GGGCAGCCCUGAUUUUUUUUUGCAGGGCCAAGCAGUGAUGCCCUAGACCAUCAUGCCGAUGAGUGCUGCAGUUGGCAUUGCUGAUAGUGGAAUGGAUCUGAUCCGUGGAAUGGACCAGGUGCUUGGAGUCUGUAACCUGCUGCGUCCGGCCGUAAGUCCGCACCAUUUCCACAGCUAUCAAGAAAGGACAUCACAUGGUUUUCGACAACGGCCACUCCUCUGUGAUAGUGUAGGGGUAGGCAGUGGAAGCCGAACACAGCAUAGGGACAUAUCAUCGCAGGGAAGCCAUCUCUGCCUUAGGGUGACGGGUCACGGACAUGGGCUUGGCAGCAAAGACAAGGGUAAUGUCCAAAGGUUAAGGCAAAAUUCUCGUAGGUUGUGCUCUCUAGCAGCCUCUACAGAGGAGGAGGAGGAGGAGAAGGAGAAGAAGAAGAAGAAGACACCGUGCAAGCUCCUAGAGACAAACUCCUCGCUGUGUACAGGCCUCUGUACAAGCUCCUGGCCCGAUGCACGAUGCCCCUCAUCUCCUAGAAGCAAACCAUUAGCAAUCAAACUGUCUGCAAUUGGACGAUCUGCAGCCGUACGAUCAGUAAUCAGUCUGAGACGACUAGCCAUCGAAAGAGUAGUAGGCGAAGAACAGUCAACGCUCGAACGGGCCUUGACUGGGCGACCACGACCCCUUGGCAGCAGGUCUGGUCGCCUUUCGAGGGAGGACAGGUUGUGGUCGAAGAACAGAUCAGGGCAAACGUUGCAGGAAUCAUUGUGCGAUGUUUCGGAUCUCAGUUGUCGGAAAUAUAGACGGCUUGCAAAGAAGAAGAUUCUUUGCCCUUACGAUCAAGGAGGAACAUUCGAGAUAGAAGCAGCAGGAGAGAGAAGAAGAAGAGGAGGAAGAGGAAGAGGAAGAGGAGGACGAGGAGGACGAGGACGAGGAGGAGGAGGAGGAGGAGGAGGAGGAGGUAUGGGGGGGUUGAGCAGAGAAGGAAGCAGGAGGGACAGGCAAAUGCUGCUGAAGGAAGUGCUGUGGAAUGUUGUUCCGGAUUUCUGCGGUGCGAAGAGUCGAUUGAUUGCAAGACAGGCGUUCUCUGCUCCUCACAAUGGAGUGGCAGUUAUGGUAGGGGUAAGAGGAAAUGGGAGAAGGGUAGGGGGGAAGGGAGGAGGAGGAGGAGGAGGAGGACGUGCUGUGGGUGAUUUGAGCAGAGAACAAAGCAUGAGGGACAGGCAAAUGCUGCAGAAGGAAGUCAUGUGGAAUGUUGUUUUAGAUUUUGGCCACGCAAAGAGUCGAUUGAUUGCAAGACAGGCAUUGCCUGCAUCUUACAAUGGAGGGGCAGUUAUGGUAGGGGUAAGAGGAAAUGGUGCAAGGAUAGAGAGAAAAGGAGGAGGAGGAGGAGGAGGAGGAGGAGGCAUGGAGGGGACCGUGAGAGAAGAAAGGAGGAGAUAUGUGAGACAAGUAAAGAAGAGUUAUUUGUUUGCCUGUCGUUUUUGGCGGAAUCAAGAUGUUAAGGUACCUCAAGUGACUGCCAUUGGGAACCAGUCCUUAUUCAUCGAUGGUGCGAGUGUAGAGGACGAGAUGGGUGUUCCACUUUGGCAGGAUGAUGAAGUUGGUGAGGUGCAGGAGAUCGAGCACGAGGGUACGCAGUAUGAUAGGGUGGGAAAGAAGGGUGAGAAUGGUGGUGGGCUUCAACAGCCACCACAGGGCUGGGAAGAACUCGUAGAUACGUCCUCUCCUGAGAAUCUGCUGUCAUUAGCACUCACAGCAGUUCUCGUCUUCGUUGUGCUUAACAUCUUGUGGCAAGUGCUUGUUGCCUUCCUCGUGCUCAUCAUAACAGGGGUCAAGUACAUUCUUCUUGGCGCUUUUGUUGUGGCCCUACUAGUGAUCCUGCUCUAAUCAUUUACAUCCUGGUUUGUACUCUGGUCCGCAGGUCUCUACUCUGUUUUAUUUUAUUCUGCACAUCUUGGUCUAAUUAUCCACAACCGGGUUUCUGCCCCAGAUCCAUUCUUGAGCAUAUGCAUGCAUGCAUGUAUGUAUGUAUGUAUGUAUGUAUGUAUGUAUGUAUGUAUGUGUAUGUGUGUAUGGAUGGAUGUGUGUUGUAGAUUUUCACCACAACAGGCCCUGUUCCACCCAGCUGAAUAGAUCCAGAUUCGAUGCAGCUUUACCUCUAUUGCAGACAAUGAACCACACUUGAGAUGAUCCAUUGCGACAAUGAAACAGCUUUACCUCU